AUGAAUAAAAACGAAGAGAUUUUAUCGAAGGCUACACCUAAUUUUAUAUAUAAGUUUUUUACACAACCAGAUUCAGAAGAAACAUCAAAAUGGUUAAAUUCAGAAAUAAAUUUAAUUUGUUUUAGUCAAAUGAGUGCAGGAGCAAAUCAAACUUUUUUGAAAGUAAUAGAUGGUUCUAUUCCACCUCAAUACUAUGCGAUUGUUCAUUUAGGUAUGGAAGAUAAUGGUAAAACUAUAUCUUAUGUAAAAAAAAUGAUUAAAAUUGAAAAUUUUUCUAUUACUAACUAUUAUGGGAAACUUUUUAUUUUGGCUAAAAAAGUUACAAUAUUUUUAAAUAUUGAUGAUUUUGAUAUUGAAGAUUUGUUUAAAAAGUAUCAUUUACAAAGCAUUUCAUAUUUUUUAUUAAAUUCACAAAAUGAAAAUAAUAACUCAAGAAACUUUUCUCAUACAAACGAUUAUAAUAAUGAAAAUAAUUCAAAAAAUUGUUAUUAUCAAUCUAGAGAAUAUAAUAAUGAAAACAAUUCUAAAAAUUAUGAAAAACCAAAAGAAUAUAAUGAGAAUAAUAUAAGAAGCGGUUAUUCUAAUUAUCAUACUACAAAUGAUAAUUUCCCAAAGGAACAUAAGAUAAAGAGUUACAAUCUAAAUUAUAAUGAAAAUUCAAAAAAUUAUCAUGAUAGUCGAAUAGAUAAUAAUGGUAAAUAUAUGAUAAAUCAGAUGUCAUCACAAAAUAGAGGAGUUUUUAUGCAUAAUGAAAAUCUCAAUUUUAAUAAUUAUUCAUCUAACUUUAACGAUUAUGAAAGUAAAAAAGAAAUUAUAUCAUCACCUCAAAAAAAUCAGAGUGUUUUUCAAGGAAAUUCUGUGUAUAACAAAAAUAACAUAAAUAAUUAUAACGAUAGUAAUUCAUCUGAUAAUGAAAAUUAUAAUCAAAAUAAUCAUAAUAUAAGUAGGAAUCCUAGAGGAAAUAGAAAUAAUACAUAUGAUCAAAUUCUUAGAAAUUCAAAUAAUUUUAGAGAUGACAAUAAUUUUCAAGAAAUUAUAAAAAAAAACCCUAAUAUUGGUAAUAAUAACCCUAAUACUUUUUAUGAAAAUGGAAUGUAUGAUCAUGAAAAGACGAUUGAAUACAGAAAUAAUAAUUUAAUUAAUUCUAGAAAUAAUUUUAAUACAUAUGAUAACAACUAUAGUAGAGAAUAUGAUAGUAAAAUAAAUAUGAAUAAAUGUGUAGAAGAAAAAGAAGAUUUAUACUAUAAAAAAAAGAUAAAUUGUUCUAGUAAUAAUGAUGAAGAAGCAAAAUAUUAUACAAAUGCAAAUAAUCACAAGCAGAAUAAUUUGAUAAAAUUAAACAGAAGUGAAGAACUUUUAAAUGAGAGAUAUUCUUCUAUUGAUAACAAUAGUAGAGAAGUUUUAUUUUCUAGUUUAAAUAGCGAUGAUGCAAUGAAAAAAAUAAAAAGUGGAAAUUUAGAUAAUUUUCAUGAAAUAAAAGGGAAAUUAAAUGAUAAUGAAAUAAUAGAAAAAAAAAAUGAUAAAAUAUUAAAAGAAAAUACAUUAAGUAGGAAUAAUAGAAAAUGUUCUCCUUAUCAAAAUAAUGCUGUAAUAAAAAUGAAUGACGGAAUUUUAAUGCCUAUAAAUAAAUUAUCUCAAUAUUCAUCAAAAUGGAUUAUAAAAGCAAGAGUUCAAUCUAAAGAUAAUAUAAGAAAAUUUUUUUCUAGUAAUAAAGAAGGAAAGGUAUUCAAUAUAGAAUUAUGUGAUGAAGAUGGAGAAAUAAAAGCAAAUUUUUUUGGGAAAGCAGUAGAUAAAUGGUAUGAUUUUUUAGAAGUAGGAAAAAUUUAUAAAAUAAGUAAAGGAAAUAUAAAACCAGCAAAUAAGAAAUUUAAUACUCUAAAACAUGAUUGUGAAAUUACUUUAGAUGAAAAUUCUAUUAUAGAAUUAUUAGAAGAAAAUGAUAACAUUCCUAAGUUUAUUUAUAAUUUUUCAUCAAUUGAUAAUAUCAAAAAUAUGAAUACAGGUUCGCUAGUAGAUGUCAUUGGUGUAGUAUUUAGCUUUCAAGAUAUAAUUCAAGUGUUAAUAAAAAAAACAGGACAGUAUAAAGAGAAAAGAGAUUUAAUCAUAAUAGACGAUAGUAAUGAAACAAUAAAUGUAACAUUAUGGGGAGAACAUGCCUUAAAAAUAGAAGAAAACGAUUUAAAAGAUAAUUGUAUUAUCUGUUUUAAGUAUUUAAAAAUAGGUGAAUGGCAAGGAAAAAAAUUAGAAUCACAUCCUAAAACUAAAAUUGAGAUUAAUCCUGAAAUUGAAAAAGCAUAUUUUUUAAAAGGUUGGUGGAUAGAUAAUAAGAAAAGUGUUUAUAAUUCUAUUAAUGUAAAUACAAAUACUUUUAAUUUUGAAAAUCAAAAAACAAUUGAGGAAAUAAAAAAAGAUGUUAAUUUAGCAAAUGAAAAUACUUUAUCUGGAAAGGGUAUAGUUUUUACAACUUUUGGUUUUAUAGAUCAUAUUUAUAAUUCCAUUCCUGUUUAUUCAGCUUGUCCUGAUUGUAACAAAAAAAUGACUACAAAUGUAGUAGAAGAUGAUAUAGAUUCAUCUCCACCUUCGGUUGAAUCAAUGUAUUGCUCUAAGUGUAACAAAAAUAAUAUUCCAAUUUAUAAUUAUUCUCUUAAUUUAAAAAUUACUGAUGAUACUGAUUCAUUAAGAGCUUCAGCAUUUGCUAAUUGUGCCAAAACAAUUAUGCAUGGAUUAUCUGCUGAUGAAUUUAUGAAAUUAAGGCAAGAAUAUAUUUUACAAGAAAAUAUUGAAAACUUUGAUUUAGUAGAAAAAGUCAAAUUAAAUGAGUUUUUUUUUCGUGUUAAAGCUUAUAUGACAUCUCAUAUGGAUGAAUUAAAAAAAAAUUAUACUAUUUUAGAAAUCAUUCCAUUAAGCAAAGUUCUUGUAGAUAAUUGCAAAUAUUUAAUAAAAUCUAUUAAAAAUUUUACCUCAAAAAAAGAAUCAGAAAAUGAAUAA